AUGUCUCCGCCGUAUUCCAGACGCGCAUCUGGGGGAUGUGCAGCGGCAAUUCCUACUCUGUCCCCUAUACCUGAUGAGCCCGAAGACGAUAGCUCGAUGGAGCAAGAGAUCCAGCAAACUCAUCUUCAUUCUUUCCCAGUUCAGCACUAUGGACAACAGCAUGGGAACACUCAGAACGAGGUGGUCACUACUACUUCGUCCGAGAGCUCUAUGACCAGCGAGGGGGACACCAUCCUUCCUCUGCACCCCCGUUCUCGUGCUUCCACGAUCUCUACGGAGCCCUUUCCCGACUUAGAUGAGUCGAGCACUGAGCUUCCUGAUCUUGCCUAUAGGGCUCAGGAGGAAGCUUAUAAGCAUGCGUUGGGAAAAGUGGCUGAAGAGAUUCUACGCAUGAACGAAAUCAACGAUCACGUUACUGCAAUCCAUGGGCCAGCUUUCUAUCUCGAGGAAGAAGAGACUGCUCGCAGCCGAUUUUCCAUGUUCACCCUUGAAGGUGUCGACCCAUGUCCCGAGGUGUCUCAUCACGAUCACUUCUGCGUUGAGCAUGAAGCACACAAGCGCGCUAUCCGUGAGCGGAUUGAUCAUUUCCUCAAGGAGCGAAAAGAUGUUCCUAGGAGCUUCAGCAGGAAGUUUAUUGCUGUCACUGAUAUGAUCAUGCACAUGGAGUAUAUUCUAUUCCGCGGCAAGGGCUUCCCCAAAGAUCCUCUUCGCUAUACCACCGAAAAGGAGAUGAAAACGGUCUUCCAUCACACCACGAAGAUAAUUGAGUAUCUGUCGGUUGUUGGCGGGCUCAUAUUUCGUGAGAGGAACAAUGCAGAACAUGCUCGAGUCGUGAUCUCCCAAAUCGCCGCGAAACCUGGACUUACCCUCCUGGAUCGGUUCAAGGGAAUGGCCGAGGUCGUCAUUCAGUACCUCAAGCAUGCCCGGCCCAGUGAGCAGACAUUCUUCGAGCUGUUCAACGAGUUUUUCGAGAUUUGGCUGUACGAUGACUUCCACGUCAUGUAUAACAACUUCCUUGUCGAACACAUCCCGAACAUUCCUCCGACCCUUCAGCGGUCCUCAUAUCUCCUCAAUGCGGUAUACAACAUGAUUGCACAGAUGGUUCGUGACUAUGAGGUCCUCGGAAAAAUCAAUCGCGAUAUUGGUGACCGUUUCAUCCGCCCUGUCGUCGACCAGAUGGCGCGUACAGAUGAUCCCUACGGCCAGCCCAUCAACGAGCCAGCCUACCUUCCCUGUGAGCCCAAGCACGAGCGUUAUCAGAGCGAAAUCCACAAAGAACUGGCUUCUAUCAUUGGUGACGCUCAAGCCGAGACUACGCCUGAGCGCCACGAUUCCCAGAGCCGCAACCCUAUUGUGUUGACGGCUUACCCUGCAGGCAACGAAUCACAAGAUCACGCUCAUGGCGUUAGCGAUGGGCCUUCUCAUCAACGCAGCUCCGCUGACAGGACGUUGCAUCGCCCCCAGGUCCCCAGGUCACAGCCUCGUCGUCGAACGACCCAUGAGCGUCUUGGACCAUCCGAUGUUCCUCUGGUUUACCGUUCCUCGCCAUUCAUUGUGAGUCCAACCAGCGAGCCAGCUACCCUGGCGCGUCCUAUCCCAAUACCGAGCAGUUACCGUCGUGACCUGCAAUCGUCGCACACUGUAGCUCAAGAAUCCCAUGUAUUCUCUUCCCAGUCUUCUUACACGAUGGCUGCACAAAGCUCCAGCUUCGGGAGUCAUCGCACUGAUCACAGUGGUGACAAUCUCAAUGACUCGGACACCGAAUACGCCCCAACUGAGGUCAUGUCCAGCUUUGAGUUCAACCGUUGUUGGGACGAAAUCCGUCGGGCGAACGGCGAGGCAUCUCAACCUGCUCUUUCAGAGCGCGCCCAGCAUGUUCCUGAACAUGAUGAUGUCCAGCCACCUCCCGUGCCCCGCCAUGCAUUCCUAGACCAGCGUCUCCAGGAACACAGUCCCACCUGUCAAAAUGAGACCACUCACGCUGUAAGCGUCCAGCUCCCUCACACCGAGCAUCCCCAGGAGCCGGAGCAGCAUCAGCAUGAUGAUGAUAUGGACAGUGAAAUCUUGGAUCUCAACGCCGCCGAAGAUGCGGUUGCAAACGACCUUGAUGAUAACGGUAGCGACUGGCUUCCGCACGACCACGAGGACGCAUACCCUCAAGCCCCAAUGAACACCUUCACAGCCCGCCUCGAAGCCAUAGCGCACAUGCGCCGCCAAAACUCCAUCGACAAUGGCGAAUAUGAGGACCCUGCCAACAAUGUGCCUUCCUUCGCCGAACCUCGUCCCCAACCCUCCCUCUCCACGAUCCCGCGCUCAGUCAUCCAAUUUCAGUAUCCUAUCCUUGACCAUAGUCAGGCACAGGAACAGCCCGCGGUCUCGGCACCGCAGCGGCGAGUUGUUGAGCGCGAUGACAACAAUUCGCCCAUCUUGCCGCCGAUGCCUGAGUACCCGCGCUUCACUUUUGAAGCGGGUGAGGAUGAGAAUACUGGCCGUCCCCUUCGCGUUGUUGCCGUUCGUCCUCAGCUUCGCCGUGUCGCUAUGCCGAUUCCCAUGCCGCGUCCUGUUACCCGUCGAGGCAAUUCGUCAGACCGUGACCACGAACGUGAAGCCUCGCCCUCUGCUUUUAUUUAUCGCGGGCACCAUCAGGACUCUCACUUCUGA